UUUUUUGUUCAUAACUCUGAAACUAUACAUGCCACUGUGUUAAAUCCUGUUGGUCCUUAGAGAGGACAUCCUGGGCUUUCCAAUGAUAUGACAUGUGUGGGGGUGGGGCUUUUCUGGAAUUUUCUUUCUGAUUCUUCACAAUGGCUGCCAUCCCUGUGAGCACAUUUUAUCGAAAGAAGAAAGAAAUCAGCUCACUGACUGAGGCAGAGAAAAUCCUAAACAGGAUUAUUGAUGGAGACUCAGACAUAGAUUUGUCAGAUGAGGAGGACCAAGAGGGACAGAUUGACGGUGAUUUUGAGGUCGGGAGUUCAGAGGAUGAGGCAUCAAGUGAGGAAGAGGAGAGUGAAGUUGAGGAUGCACGGGCCCGUCGCCCACUUUGGACCAAAACUAACACAUUCCUGCCUGUGCUGGAAGACUCCGGAGAGGUUGUCUGUACUGCCCCAAACCGUGUAGACUGGCCACCAUCAAAAUACUUUGAGCAGUACAUUGACAACAAAGUUUUUGAGGACAUGUCCUUUUGCACAAACCAGAGACAGAUUCAGGUGUCAGGCUCAAGUCUGAAUACAACACCUGAGGAGAUUAAGACCUGGUUUGGAGUCUCAGUGUACAUGGCAUGCCUUGGUUACCCAAAAAUCAAAAUGUAUUGGGCCAAAAAAACAAGAGUGCCAAUAGUUGCUGAGUCGAUGACAAGGGAUCGCUUUUUCAAGAUCAGAUGUUCUUUGAAAAUCACUAAUGAUCUUGAUGUAACUGAAGAAGAGAGGAAGCUCAAUAUGCUUUGGAGAGUCAGUCCACUUUUGAAGAAGGUGCAACAAGGUUGCCUAAACCUACCCAGGCCAGGAAAUGUUUCCAUUGAUGAACAAAUGAUUCCCUUUACUGGUCGAUGUCCAGUCCGUCAAUUCGUUCCUGGCAAGCCAAAUCCAACCGGAUUGAAGGUGUUUGUUCUCGCUACUCCAACUGGAAUUGUAUUGGAUUUUGAAGUCUACCAAGGAAAAAACACCUUUGUCGGCAGAGACACAGGACUUGGAAUAGGAGCAAAUGCAGUUCUUCGGUUGACUGAGUCCAUUCCCAGGGGAACUCACCUGUACUUUGACAGGUAUUUCACCUCAAUAAAACUACUGGAUAAAUUGCUAGAAAUGGGUCUGCCUGCAAGUGGAACAUUGAUGAAAAAUAGACUCCCAAAGGAUUGUAACAUUACAUCUGAUAAAGAGUUGUUGAAACAAGGAAGAGGCUCCUCUGUAAUGGUGACAAGGAAACAUCCUGAGCUGGCUGUGACAAAAUGGGUUGACAAUAAACCUGUACUCAUGGCAUCAACAGUGCAUGGAAUAGAGCCCCAGGAUACCCGGACCAGAUGGUCACUGAAAGACAAAAGGCAUGUUCAAGUGUCCAGACCUGCAGUGGUGGCAGAGUACAACACCAACAUGGGUGGGGUUGAUAUGUGUGAUAGAAUGCUUAGUUUUUAUAGAAUGGCUAACCGCACAAGGAAGUGGACUGUACGCACAAUCCUACACUUCUUCGAUCUGGCUAUCACCAACUCCUGGUUACAGUAUAAGGAAGACAGCCAAGCUUUGGCACGACCUAUGUAGAAAACUCUCCAAUACCAUGACUUCAAACUGCUCUUAGGUGAGGAACUGAUUGCCCAGGGGCAGUCAGGCCAACCUAAUCCAAUUGAAUCUGAUGCGUCGAAUGAUGAGGAGUACGUUCCAUCACAGAAGAGAAGGAGGCCCCAGCCAGAUAAGGAAGUGAGAAAGUAUGGAGCUGUCCAUUUGCCACAGAUGAUGGACAAUCCUAAUAGUUCCAGGUGCAGAGCAGAAGGGUGCACUGGAAAAACCUACAUAAAGUGCAUCAAAUGCAACAUGUACCUCUGCAUCUCAAAGAAGAAGAACUGCUUUAUGGACUACCACAAACCAAAACAGAACUAACACACCUGAUUAAACUACACUAAUCAGCUUGCUUUUGAUAAGCUGAAUGAGGUCCCUGGAAAUCUGAACCACUGGCUUGAAUGGUGUAGCCAUUUGAAAUUUACAGCACUAAAGAUUGUCAGAGUUCAGAGGUAAAUGUAUGCCUCGAAAUGUGUUCAUAUUUGCCACAAGAGAGUCCCGAUGUCCUCUCCAAAGGACAUACUCUAAAAAAUAAAUAAAAACAUGUUUUGAAAUUUU